AUGGGGCUGGACCAGGGUGGAGGCAGAGAGGGGAGGGGUGAGCAGAGGGCGGAUUUUGAGUACUUUGAGGUGUUACUGCUCAAGGGUUGGUGCCGGGUGCUGCCGCCCAGCCACCGCGUGACCUGGGACGGGGCCCAGGUGUGCGAGCUGGCGCAAGCCCUGCGGGAUGGGGUCCUUCUCUGCCAGCUGCUUAACAACCUGCAGCCCCACGCCAUCAACUUACGCGAGGUCAACCUGCGUCCCCAGAUGUCCCAGUUCCUGUGCCUUAAGAACAUCCGCACCUUCUUGUCUACCUGCUGUGAGAAGUUUGGCCUCAAGAGGAGUGAGCUCUUUGAGGCCUUUGACCUCUUCGAUGUGCAGGACUUCGGGAAGGUCAUCUACACCCUGUCCGCCCUGUCCUGGACCCCGAUUGCCCAGAACAAGGGGAUCAUGCCCUUCCCCACAGAGGAGGAGAGUGUGGGGGAUGAAGACAUCUACAGCGGCCUGUCCGACCAGAUUGACGACACCGUGGAGGAGGAUGAGGACCUGUAUGACUGCGUGGAGAACGAGGAGGCCGAGGGCGACGAGAUCUAUGAGGACCUCAUGCGCUCGGAGCCGGUGCCCAUGCCGCCCAAGAUGACAGAUUAUGACAAGCGGUGCUGCUGCCUGCGAGAGAUCCAGCAGACGGAGGAGAAGUACACGGACACACUAGGCUCCAUCCAACAGCACUUCAUGAAGCCCCUGCAGCGGUUCCUCAAACCUGAAGACAUAGAGAUCAUCUUCAUCAACAUCGAGGACCUGCUUCGUGUGCACACUCACUUCCUAAAGGAGAUGAAGGAAGCCCUGGCCACCACCAGUGCACCUACCCUCUACCAGGUCUUCAUCAAAUACAAGGAGAGGUUCCUCAUCUAUGGCCGCUACUGCAGCCAGGUGGAGUCGGCCAGCAAGCACCUGGACCGCGUGGCCAGCGCCCGGGAGGAUGUACAGAUGAAGCUGGAGGAAUGUUCUCAGCGAGCAAACAAUGGGAGGUUCACCUUGCGGGACCUGCUGAUGGUGCCAAUGCAGCGAGUACUCAAGUACCACCUCCUUCUCCAGGAGCUGGUGAAACACACGCAGGACGCAAUGGAGAAGGAGAAUCUGCGGCUUGCCCUGGAUGCAAUGAGGGACCUGGCGCAGUGUGUGAAUGAGGUCAAGCGGGACAAUGAGACGCUGAGGCAGAUCACCAACUUCCAGCUGUCUAUUGAGAACCUGGACCAGUCUCUGGCCCACUAUGGCCGGCCCAAGAUCGAUGGGGAACUCAAGAUCACCUCCGUGGAGCGCCGCUCCAAGACAGACAGGUACGCCUUCCUGCUCGACAAAGCCCUGCUCAUCUGCAAGCGCCGAGGGGACUCCUACGACCUCAAGGACUUUGUGAACCUGCACAGCUUCCAGGUUCGAGAUGACUCUUCGGGAGAGCGUGACAACAAGAAGUGGACUCACAUGUUUCUCCUGAUCGAGGACCAAGGUGCUCAGGGCUAUGAGCUGUUCUUCAAGACGCGAGAACUGAAGAAGAAGUGGAUGGAACAGUUCGAGAUGGCCAUCUCCAACAUCUACCCUGAGAAUGCCACAGCCAACGGGCACGACUUCCAGAUGUUCUCCUUCGAGGAGACCACAUCCUGCAAGGCUUGCCAGAUGCUGCUGAGAGGCACCUUCUACCAGGGCUACCGUUGUCAUCGGUGCCGGGCACCUGCACACAAAGAGUGUCUGGGGAGGGUCCCUCCCUGUGGCCGCCAUGGGCAAGAUUUUGCUGGAACUAUGAAGAAGGAUAGGCUACAUCGCCGGGCUCAGGACAAAAAGAAGAAUGAGCUGGGGCUGCCCAAGAUGGAGGUUUGCCAGGAGUACUACGGGAUUCCUCCACCCCCGGGAGCCUUGGGACCUUUUCUACGGCUCAACCCCGGAGACAUCGUGGAACUCACCAAGGCCGAGGCUGAGCAGAACUGGUGGGAGGGCAGGAAUACAGCUACCAAUGAAGUUGGCUGGUUUCCCUGUAACAGGGUCAAGCCCUACGUGCAUGGUCCCCCUCAGGACCUGUCAGUUCAUCUCUGGUACAAUGUUGAGGUCAAGCACAUUAAAAUCAUGACAGCGGAAGGACUGUACCGGAUCACAGAAAAGAAGGCCUUCCGGGGGCUGGCGGAGCUGGUGGAGUUUUACCAGCAGAACUCCCUGAAGGAUUGCUUCAAGUCGCUGGACACCACCCUGCAGUUCCCUUUCAAGGAGCCCGAGAGGAGAGCCAUAAGCAAACCCACAGCGGGAAGCACCAAGUAUUUUGGCACAGCCAAAGUCCGCUAUGACUUCUGCGCCAGGGACCGAUCCGAGCUGAACCUCAAGGAGGGUGACAUUGUCAAGAUCCUUAAGAAGAAAGGGCAACAAGGCUGGUGGCGAGGGGAGAUCUAUGGCCGGAUUGGCUGGUUCCCCUCUAACUAUGUGGAGGAGGAUUAUUCUGAGUACUGCUAGCUCUGGCACACCGGCAGGAGGGCGAGAAGCUGCAGGCUGUGAGUCCAAGACGAGCAGGCUGCGUGGCCAGGGGCUGUGACAGGUCCCAGCGGGCGGAGAAUCCGAGAUGGACUACGAGGGCCUGCGUCCAGUUGACGGGGCUUCUGGGGCGAUGCCCGGCCAUGGUUAAUUUAUAACACACUGAUUUCCCCUGGGGUCUCCUCGGGAAGGUGGGGCUCAAGGCAACCGCUUUGAAUAAAAUGAUGAAUGGAGGGA